AUGGUGACCUAUGAGGCUGUUGCUGAUGACCAGGAAGAGGAGAUCGAGUCCUUGAUGGCUGCUGUUGACAUCGAACACAAGCAGCAAGAGUCAAGUGGCAUGUAUCUGUGCAAGCAAGCAGAACCAUCAAAGAAACGCAGGCUGGACGUGGAUGGCAUGUCGAAGAACUUGAAGACGGCAUCCCAAAACAUUGUCGUGAGCAACACUCUAUCAGAGUACAGAAGGCAUGGCACCCCAUCUACACAAGGCAAAGCUCUGACAGAUGAUCACACUAAUUCACACAGGCUGUGGGAGCAGUUCAAACAAUUUUGCUGUGACAUUGACAAGGUGCAGUGUCCUGACAACAUUGAGGCACUCUACCCAGGUCUCCCAGCUGAUUUUCCCGAGUGGAUCGCGAUGUGGAUAAUAGACAAGGCCGAUGACAUUGACAUCUUCACUCGGAAGGCAAAGGAACUCAGCAUAUCGCAUGUUACCUAUGCCACUGCACAAAAAAUGUGGGCAGCGAUCAGUCACAAGUAUGGACGUGACCAUGGACUUGGUACACAGCCCUGGCUGGAGGAUUCCAUGCAGCCUGGUCACUUCCGGGGAACACAAUAUCCUAGCCUGUGGUCCAUAAACCAUGAUGUAUCACCUCCCUCACCUUUCUCGCUGCCUGUCCUGUGA